AUGUCUCGUGAAUUUGAUAUGAUAGAUAUGGGACUCAUGUCAUAUUACUUGGGAAUGGAAGUGAAGCAAACAGAGAAUGGUAUCUUUGUCUCACAAGAAAGCUACACAAAAGAAGUGUUGAAGAAAUUUAAUAUGCUUGAUUGCAAUCCCGUGAACACACCUAUGGAAGGUGGCUUGAAGUUAUCAAAGUUUGAUGAAGGAGAGAAGGUAGACUCCACGGUCUUCAAGAGUCUUGUGGGGAGUUUAAGGUACCUAACCAAUACAAGGCCCGAUAUUCUAUAUGCGGUGGGAGUUGUGUGUUGCUUUACGGAGGCUCCUACCUCUCCUCAUCUAAAAGCCGCAAAAAGAAUUCUUCGUUACUUGAAGGGUACAAUUGAUUUUGGAUUGUUUUAUUCUCCCUCCAAUAACUAUAAGCUUGUGGGAUUUUGUGAUAGUGAUUUUGCCGGAGAUGUUGAUGAUAGAAAAAGUACUACCGGAUUUGUAUUUUUUUAUGGGUGA